UGGGUGCUGGGUGCUGCGCUAAGUAUUUUACACUUAUUACCCACUUUAUCUUCACAACAACUCCAUGGGUAGCUAUUAGUAUUUUCUUCAAUGAAAGAAGAAGAAAUGGAGGUUUAGAGCCGUCAUAGCACCUGAGCGGUAGAGCCAGAUGUCAAACUCAGGUCUGUUCUACUCCAAGCUUGAAACUGCCCGAUACCUUAGGACACCCUACUGGCAUUCAGAUACUGAGUUUCUUCAUGAAAUGAGGAUUACUGGGUGGGCAGUGUGGUUUCCAAGCCUUUUUAGCAAGCGUAAAUUUAAAAAUAGGAUACGGAACCCGCACAUGCUGAAGCCUACCGAAAGGUGCCAGAACUUACGCCUGCUCCUCAUCUGCACCCUCAGCGCCCCCGCCUCUCUGGCCGCUCCAUGGCCCUGGCCAACCUCACGACGGCCCCAGAAUUCCUCCUCCUCGGCCUGGUGGAUGGAACAGACAUCCACCCGCUGCUCUUCCUGCUCUUCCUCGGCGUCUACCUGCUCAAUGCCCUGGGCAACCUCGCCAUGGUGGUGGUGGUGAGGUCGGAUGGGGCCCUCCGCUCCCCCAUGUACUAUUUCCUGGGUCACCUGAGCCUCGUAGACGUCUGCUUUACCACUGUCACCGUCCCCAGACUGCUGGCCGGCUUGCUCCACCCGCGCCAGGCCGUGUCCUUCCAGGGAUGCUUUUCCCAGAUGUACUUCUUCGUGGCUCUGGGCAUCACCGAGAGCUACCUGCUGGCAGCCAUGUCCUACGACCGCGCGGUGGCCGUCUGCCGCCCCCUGCACUACUGCGCGGUCAUGACGCCCCGGCGCUGCGCGGCGCUGGUGACCACGUCCUGGGCCGUGGCCCACCUGCACUCGCUGCUGCACACGCUGCUCAUCUCGGCGCUCUCCUACCCGUGCCCCGCCCCUGUGCGCCACUUCUUCUGUGACAUGACGGUGAUGCUGAGCUUGGCGACCUCGGACACGGCGACCGCGGAGGCUGCCAUCUUCUCCGAGGGCCUGGCCGUGGUGCUCACCCCGCUGCUCCUCGUGUCGCUGUCUUACGUGCGCAUCCUCGUCGCGGUGCUGGGAGUGCGGGCGGCCGGGGGCCGGCGCCGCGCCUUCGCCACCUGCGGGGCCCAUCUGGUGGUGGUGUCGCUUUUCUUCGGCUCUGUCCUCUCCGUCUAUUUCCGGCCGUCCUCCGCCUACUCAGCCCGCUAUGACCGCCUGGCCAGCGUGGUCUAUGCUGUGCUCACACCGACCUUGAACCCUUUCAUCUACAGCCUUCGCAACAAGGAGGUCAAGGGCGCCCUGAAAAGGGGGCUCAGAUGGAGGGCUGCACCCCAAGAGGUGUGAGGGCACGUCCUGGUUCACUGGCAUUUCAAUGAUAAGAAAGAUUACAAAAGAACACGCCCCUCUUUUUCUAGCUUCCCAAAGCACUAGCAAUAUUGGUCCUGUAGCAUCUUAUUUCUGGUUAAAUUAAAAAUUAGACCCGAAACAAAGGUGACAAUGUGUUUAUUUUACAGGGAUGGGUACAUAGCAAUAAGCUAAAUUCUUUUCUGCCUUGGCUGAAUGUUUGAAAUAGAAGCUACUUGUAAAUUUUGGAAAAAUGAAAGGGAACAAGCAGGGGACCAAGGAAAGAGCCUUGUAGCUUCUGUAGAGAAAGGGGGAAGAGUGUGAUAUGGCAGCAGUCUAGUGGAUGGAGAGGAAAGCCGAGAAGCAGUGCAGAUGCAAGAGUUUUUAAGGAGGUUUUUUUUUUUUGGCGGGGGGGGGGGGGGGGGGAGGGCGCUGCAGUGUAGACCACAUUCUUUUCAGACUCCUUUUCUGGAAACUUCAGGAAAGACCUGGUUUUUAUUUUAAGUAUUCAAAAAAUUAUUUUUAAGUUCUAUUCCCUAGACAAUAUGUCCAUCAUUUUCAUGGCAGGAGUUCAAAAAUACAGAUGAAGAUACAAUUCUCCUUGACUAUCACUCAAUCCAACCUCCACCCCCAUCCCAGUUACCAGUUCAAUACCUCCCC